UGGUUACCACCUGAGGGUAGAAUUACGGCUACAUUUACUGAGCGAAACACAGUCUCCGCUGCCUGUAGGUACUUCAGUCACCAUGAAGACUGCAGGUGUGUUGCUGAUUCUUGCUCUAGCCCUUUGCUGCAUCCCAGAUAUCGAUGCACUGCAGGACUACUGCAGUAGCUACGUGGUACCCGCAAAUAUCUGUACUAUGGAGUACAUCCCACACUGUGGAUCUGAUGGAAAAACAUAUGGGAAUAAAUGCUUAUUCUGCAAUGCAUUCCUGAAAAGCCAUCAAACUCUUCGCUUGAUUGGUCUUCAAGAGUGUUAACUUCUUGACAGGCUUCAGCUCAGAAAGAGGAAUCCUCCCUGGCUGUGUUCCCCAUGGCAGAUACUCUCCUAAAGCCUUAUCCUGAACCUUGAAAGCUCCUGAUGAAUCCUGAAACCUCUGCUUAAUAAAAAAAAAAGCCAUCAGCA